UAGUUCACUUUUUCACGUUCUUGGAGUACCUCAUCUUAAAGCAAACAAUUUGUGAUGAUUCUAAUUAAGAUUGCAUUGUCAAUUUUGGUUUUGGCCAAUAUUGGUUCCAGUAUGGAGAUUAUGGACAAUACUGUAGUAAUGGGUAACCAACCAAUGCCUGAGAUGGAGCAGCAAUCACAAUCAGUUAACUCGGAACAAAAUCAAGCUUCAAAUCAGGAAUUUGAUUCAAAUUCUCCAAGUGUGGAAAAUGUCUCAUUUGAAAGUUUGGAAAAUAUGCCCGUGGAGCAAGCAUCAUUUUUGUUGAAAACUGUUGCCCAACAAAGCUACCUUCGUCCAAACACUGAGCCUCUAUACACUCCAAGUAUGGACGAAGUUAAAAUGUACCUGAUCACCCCACAUGGCAAUGUCUCAGUUCCACUAGACAACCCUGCAACCGUCUUAAGUAACUACCCACAAUUGAGCACUGGAGAAGUGACCAUUUUCGUAACUGGUGUUCCAUCAAACGCCGAAGAUCCAACUGAUGCCAUAUUCGAAGUCAUCGAAGCAUACAGAGCUCGUUAUCAAGUGAAUGACAAUCAACUUCAGUACACCAAUUCAUGGGAUGUUCCAACCACUGGCAGUCUUAUUGUUAUCGAUUUGGGAAAUGCACUGUCUAACUUCCAUAACUGGGCAACUUUGGACAUUGAAGAAGCCGGAAAGAUGGUUGGCCAGGCUAUUGUGAACAUGACCGAAGUGAUGCCAUACUACAACGUUCAUUUGAUUGGUCACAGUGUUGGAGCUCAUGUUGCUGGUUCUGCUGCAAGACAUUUCGCCCAAGAGAAGAACAUUCAACUUCGUCGUGUAACUGGUUUGGAUCCAUCAAAGAUCUUCACCGGUGAACAACACAUGGAAUCGAAACUCAACCGAGGUGUUGCUGAUUUCGUUGAUGUCAUUCACACAACUUCAUAUGGUGCUGGAUCGGAUAGCAAUGGUGAUGUUGAUUUCUAUCCCAGUGGACCAGGAUCAAUCCCACCAGGCUCAUCGAAUAUCAUCGAUGCUAUGUUAAAGGCUGUUAGAUACUAUGCUGAGACAGUUAUGCCAGGUGGUGAAAGAAGCUUCAUGGGUGUUGGAUGUAAUUCAUUGAAAAACUACAACAAACAUCGAUGCCAUGGUAUUCGAGUUCCAAUGGGUUAUACUACUCCAUAUGAUGUUAAAGGUGAUUUCGUGAUGAAAGUUAAAUCUAAAUCACCAUACGGAAAGAACGCCAAGGAUUCAAUGAAAAACUAUAGGAUGCGUGGUUCAGCAUACUAAGAAAGUAGUUGCGAUUACUUUUUUUUUUUAAAUUUUUUACUUUUAAAUUUGUAAGAAUAAAUUAACUUUGUGGUUGUUGCACAUA